AUGUCAGAGUUAGUUCUCGUAAAUGCGAUGUAUCAAAUAUCUCUUACACAAUUUUUGGACUUAUUCCAUGAGUCUAUGAUAAAAUCUCCAAAGAUUGCUGCUACACAAAAACGUAUUCAAAAUAUCAAUGAUUAUUUAACGUAUCGUUGUUGGUAUUAUACAACACGUGGUCUAUACGAAAAAGAUAAAUUAUUAUUUACAUUGCUGUUGGCUCUUCGAAUCGAUGUAAAACGAGGCAGAAUAAAGCAUGAAGAAUUUGACAUCCAAAAAACUGAACGAGCAUUUAAAGAUUGGUUUGAUAAAGAAUCAAGUGAUUUAUCUCCAUUUCCCGAACCAUUUGAUAAUUUAAGUAUGUUCCAUCGAUUUUUAUUAGCAAGGUGUUUAUCGCCCGAUCGUACCAUUAGUGAAGCAAGAAACUAUAUAAUUGAAAAUUUGGGUUCAAAAUAUUCGGAACCGUCUGUAUUAAAUCUUGAGACAAUGUGGGAAGAAAGUGAUUAUAAAACGCCCUUAUUAGGCUUGUUAUCGAGCGGAGCUGAUCCAACAUCAAAUAUUCAAGCAUUGGCUAAGAAAAAAGGUUUGGAAACUUUUGUUGUUUCAAUGGGUCAAGGCCAGGAAAUUUUGGCUAGAAGAGUUUUGCAACAGAGUAUUGCCAAUGGAGGAUGGGCAAUCUUUCAAAAUUGUCACUUGGGCUUAGAAUAUAUGGAAGAAUUUUACGAUACAUUAAUGGCUAAUGAGCAAUUUGAACAUACAUUUCGUACAUGGUUAACAACCGAGGUUUAUCCACAAUUUCCCAUUCAAGUCUUACAAUGUUCAAUUAAGUUUACAAACGAACCACCCCAAGGUAUUCGGGCUGGAUUAAAACGAACAUACGCUUUGAUUUCUCAAGAUAAAUUAGAAUAUAUUGAAACACCCCAGUGGAGACCCAUGUUAUAUUCUGCAUCAUUUAUACAUAGUGUCGUACAAGAACGCCGCAAGUUUGGACCGUUAGGAUGGAAUAUACCCUACGAAUUCAAUCAGACCGAUUGGGAAGCGUCUGUUCAAUAUAUUAAAAACCAUUUAGAUGAUAUGAAUCCAAAAUUGGGUAUCGCGUUCAAAGCUGUCCGGUAUAUGAUUUCGGAAAUCCAGUAUGGUGGUAGAAUAACUGAUGAUCGAGACAGACGAUUAAUGAUUACUUAUGCAAAGAACUGGUUUGGUGAAUUCAUAUUUUCUAAUGAAUUUAAAUAUUAUGACGGAUACCAUAUGUCAAAAGCACGAAAACUCGAAGAAGUUUUAUACUGUAUUGAUAAAUUACCGUUGAUUGAUCCGCCACAAGUUUUUGGAUUGCAUCCAAAUGCUGACAUUACAUAUUCAACAAACUUGGCGAAAGCGCUGUUGGAUGAAAUCGUAAGCAUACAACCAAAAGAAGUAGGAGUCUUAGUCGGAGAAAGUCGAGAAAAGAUUGUGCACAAUGUUUGUGGUGAUAUGCUUUCUAAGCUGCCAGCAAAUUUUGCUCAGCAUGAGGUAGGUGGACAACUGUUCUUCUCUUCUGUACUUGAAAUAGCUUUUGUGUUAUUAAAGACGCAGGAAAAAUUACGAAAUAUGGAUCAUUUAAAUCCAAUGGUGAUUUUCUUACGACAAGAAAUAUAUCGCUUAAACAAGGUGAUUCGUCUUGUUCGUAAUGAAUUAACAGACUUACAAUUGGCAAUAGAUGGAAUAAUCAUACUGAAUGAUUCGCUUCGCACGGCUUUGGAUUAUAUCUAUGACGGACGUGUGGCACCCACCUGGGUACGUUAUUCAUGGGAAUCGACUACAUUAGGCUUUCUAACCGCAAUGAGACAAGAAGCAACACGUGCUCAUAGAGGAUGGUCAUUAGACACUGUCACAAUGGACAACAAUGUUUUGAGAUCCUACAAAGAUGAUAUUCGAGAUGCACCAACGGAGGGUGUCUAUGUUUAUGGCCUGUUUCUCGAGGGAGCUGGAUGGGAUCGACGUAAUUCACGUCUUCGUGAAUCUCAAAAUAAAGUUCUUUAUGUACAAAUGCCUAUCAUACAUAUAUUUGCUAUUAAUCCAAUGGCCGUAACUGCUGCUGGUCCACUAGCAGCUAGAACAAAAGCACGUUCACAAAUAACUAUGCGUACGAAGAGAACUGAAGUUCCAACAGCACCUUAUGUAUACUUGUGUCCUGUAUAUAAGAAACUGAUGCGGACAGAUUUACAUUUCAUAACAAUGUUAAAAUUAAAUUCGAAUGAACAUUCCGACCGUUGGGUUUUACGUGGUGUAGCUCUUUUGUGUGAUAUUAAAUAG